CGUUGAUUUCUUUCGACUUUUUUUCGACCGUCGCUGGAGGAUGCUCUCCAUAUAGCCUGUGAAAAACCAGUAUAGACAUGUCUGAGCUCUCUCAUCCUCGCCACAGAUAGGAAUGUCUGGCUAAACAUGACUGUAAUCAUAUCAUUUCAAAGAGCCCAACAAGAGGUGGUUGGCCGGGGCAAUGGCAGUGCCCGGGGCCCACGAAUUCCACUGGCAGAACCUGGCACGUCUCUCGAGUGGGCGUGUGUAUCACUCUUUGGCCGAGAUCGGGGGUCAGCUCUACAUACUGGGAGGUUGUGAUGCCACUGGACGAGCCACCAGCUGUUUUGAGCUUUACUGUCCAGAGGUGGACCAGUGGGUUAGUCUGCCCCCGAUGCCCACGGCCAGAGCAGGUGCUGCCGUAGCAGUGCUGGGCAAGCAGCUGCUUGUGGCAGGAGGCGUGGGAAAGGAGCAGCACCCUGUCAAGGCUGUGGAGGUGUACAACACGGAGGAGGGCAAGUGGAGGAAGAGGAGCUCACUAAGGGAGGAGCUGAUGGGGCUUGCCAUCACCAUUAAAGAUGGCAGAGCCUUCGCUGUUGGGGGAAUGGGAGCGGACCUGCUUCCCAGAAGCAUUCUUCAGCAGUAUGACCUUCGCAAGGACGUGUGGGCCCUUCUGCCGCCCAUGCCCACCCCUCGCUAUGAUGCCAGCAUCUGUCUUCAGGGAUCUAAGCUAUACGUAGCAGGUGGUCGUCAGUGCAAGCGCUUGGUAAAAGCAUUUGAAUUCUUUGACAUGGAUAGUCGCACCUGGUCCACUUUACCCAGCUUGCCCUGUAAGAGGUCUUAUUCAGGGGUCUUGUGGGAUAACACAGGACGCCUUUACUGGUUGGGAGGCCUUCGUCACGGAGGCAUCCACCAGAGCUCCAAGUUCACCAAAAAUGUCAGUAUCUUUGACACUAACCAGGGAUCCUGGUUGAAGUCUGAAGACACUGUUUCCAUGAAGACCAAGAGGGCGGACUUUGCAGCAGCCAUUGUACGAGGAAGAGUAGUUGUGGCUGGUGGACUGGGUCAUCAGCCCUCAGUGCUGGACACUGUUGAGGCCUUCCAUCCCCAAAAGAGGAAGUGGGAGAGCUUGGCUCCCAUGGCAACACCCCGCUGCUCCGCCUCUAGCAUCGUGAUUCGUGAUCGCCUAUUGGUGGUGGGAGGAGUCAAUCAAAUCCCGAGCUCUGCACACGAGAUUCUUUAUGUAAAAGAUGAAGAGAUCAUUUAGCUGUUCCAGUUUUGUAGCCUGUGAAAUUUAGCCUUUAGCGACACAGUAGAGUGCUAAACAAGCACUUCUGUUUGUUUGUGAUUGCAAUACUAUGUCAAGGAAAAAAAUGACAGCGUUGUCUCACAGGGUCCUCACCUACCUGUUGCACAAAUGGUAAGGCACCAAGUCUCCUGUGUUUGUGCCAGAUGUGUACUUUUGUUAUAGUUUACAACAUGGAGCAAAAGACAAUCCAUGUGUAAGUUUACCAUAUUGUAACACAGGGUCAUAUUCAGAGUGGUUGGGUAAAUUAAUUUAGCAACCAAUGCAUUCAGGUUUUUGGAAGAAUUCUAAUGUAUAUAGAAUUAAAAUAAGCACUUAAACAGUUAAAUAUACUAAAGACAGCAUGCAACACUAUUAUGGUACAGACAACAGCAUAAAUCAAGCGUUAGACAUUUAAAAUUGCAUGUACAGUAUAUCUACAACCCUAAUUUCAAAAAGCUUAGGACAGUAGACAAAAACUUGAAACUUGUAUUCAAUAAAAACAUUAUAAAGACAGUGAGUUAAAAAAUGUUUGGACAUAAAGGCAUGAUUGGCUAAAUCUGGAGACUGGGAGAUGGAUUGGCGUCCUGUCUGGGGUGCGUUACUGCAUUAUACCCAGUGAUUCUAGAUAAAAGUGGAUCCAUCAUGACCCAAGCAUAAAGCGGUGGUAAAACAAGAAAAUGAAUGAAUGGUUGCAGAGACUUUACAGGUAAAAGGUCAUGUUAGUAUUGGAUUAGUAUCAGUCUCUGCCUUUAAUACUGUUGUUUUAUGCAGGGAAAAAGCACUGAGGUUUUAACUUACAGACUGCAAUAAAACACUUGUUUCUCGAAGAAAAAACAAGGUCUACAUGUACUGUAGGUUUGAGUAGCAUUUACGUUCAGAAAUAAUUAUAAGCUGAACAGUGAUAUGUGCAUUUUGAGUAAGAAAAUCUACCUACAUGUGUAUACAUCAACUCUGAAUAAGACCCUUAAUAAAUACUGUAGCUGUCAAACAAGCGUUUAAGAUGUGAAAGUGUUUACCAAUUAUUUGUAACUGACUGGAUUCAGUGUUAUUCUAAAGAAAAAGUGUGUAAAAAUGUUUACAGGGUAUUUUUGUAGCUUUACUUUAAACUGUCAGGUUGUUAAUGCUCUAGUUUCUAUUCAGAUUUUAUUACAGCCUUCAGUAUUUUCUGUUUUAUAUGAAAGUAAAGUUUAUAGCAGAAGAGGUGCAUAU